AUGUUUGCAGAUGAUACGACGCUCACUGUGUGUGGCAAAUCCACACAUGAAAUUUCGUCUGCUUUGAAUCAUGAUUUAAAUAAUGUUAACGAUUGGCUAAUGGCUAAUAGGCUUUGUUUGAACCUUAGCAAAAGGGAAUAUAUGCUAAUAGGAUCCAGGCACAGCAUCAAUAAUCUUGUUGAUAAUCCUUGUAUUUCUGUUGAUGGUAAACUUUUGAACCGAGUGAUAGUGACUGAGUCUCUAGGAAUUCAUAUUGACCAAUUUCUCUCUUGGGAUUUUUAUAUUGAGAAAUUGACAAAGAAAAUUUCUAGUGGCAUUGGGGCGAUUUCUAGGUUAAAACCGUUUGUAUGCAGAAAUACUCUUAUUUCUGUCUACAACGCUUUAGUUCAAACAUAUUUUGAUUAUUGUUGUGAGGUGUGGGAUCCGAUUGGCAGUGUUUUAUCUGAUAAAUUGCAGACUCUUCAACAUCGGGCAGCAAGAAUAAUUAUGGGUUACCCAAAUGAGCACGGAUGCUUAGAAGCUGCUUUGACUGCGCUCGGGUGGAAAACACUUAAGGAACGUCGAUUUGAAUCUAAAGCCAGACUCAUGUAUAAGAUUAUUCAUGGUUUUGCACCUACUGCGUUUACUGAAAUAUUUUCUAGUGCUUCAGUUGUCAGAUCUCAUGACUACAAUAUACGUAAUUCUGACAUGAAGCUCAAUCUUCCUUUUCCUAAAACGGAAUAUUUAAAAAAGAGUAUAAAUUUUAAUGGUGUUAAAUUGUGGAACGAUUUACCUAUUGAA